CUGCAGCGCCCGGCCAUGGCCCGCGAUCGCGGUGCCGGCGCGCUGCCCGCAGAGCCCCGCGSCUGGGGCUGGCUGGGCGCGGGGCUGUGGCCGGCGCUGCUCGUGGCGCUGCUGGCUGCCAUCGUCGCCUGGCUCUGGUACGGCGGCAGCGACGGGCGGCCCGAGGCGGGCGGCGAGGAGGAGGCGGCCGGCAGAGCGGGGCCCCGGCGGGAGAGCGCGGCGGCGGCGGCCACAGAGGAUGCUGCGGUGCGGCGGGAGGUCCCGGCUGCUGCCCCGGCCGGCCCUCCGAAGCCCCGAGAGGAUCUGGCGGCUGUUUCAAGGGAAGAGCUCAAUCACGUCCCGAGCGGUGCCAUUUCSGGGGAACCUGUGGAGGUGGAGCGGCUGAUCCCGAAGGAGAGUGUCACAGAGUUGGAGGAGCAUGCAGCUGAUACGGCCGGGGGCCAGGCAGGUGAACUGGGAGCCCAGGUGGGACAGGCAAGUGACGGAUGGUGCGUGAUGAACUUGGCAGGAGCCUCUGAUGAUGACUGUAAGRACAGAAGUGAGGAGCAGCCGAGUCAGCCAGCUGAGAGCAGGGACUUGGACCAUGAAGAGUGGGAAGUUGUUUCUGAGCCUCUGGUCGAAGGGGAGGACGGCAAGGAUGGCAGCAUGGAAGACUCCGACAGCAAGGAAUGGGARCAAGGAGACUGCAGUGAUGGGGACUCGAAAGCAAAGAGAGUUGCAGCUGUGCCCCCCAUGUUCCAAAACAUCCACGUGGCUUUCCGUGUGCACUACAUCACCCACUCCGACGCGCAGCUCAUCGGUGUCACCGGGGACCACGAGUGUCUGGGCCAGUGGCACAGCUACGUCCCCCUCAAAUGUGACAAGGAUGGCUUCUGGUCCGAAUCCAUCAGUCUGCCUGUAGACACCAGAGUAGAGUGGAAAUUUAUCUUGGUGGAGAAUGGCAAGGUCAGACGGUGGGAAGAAUGCGGUAACAGGACCCUAGUGACUGAACAUGAAGAUCAAAUUGUUCAUCAGUGGUGGGGGUACCAUUAAUGGGAAGUUGGAAGUUGCUGAUCUAAUGGCAGAGCUGCCUAGGUCACUGAGCCCCUAAACCUUAGCAGGGCUCCCCUUCUUCUGUAGGAAACCUUCUCAAGGUGCAGAGCUCUGGAAAUCCCGUAUCGAACCACAUGAGCAGCAGAUCUCUGCCCUCCCCUUUAGGAAACCUUUGGCAACCUGAAAAAUCAAUUUGAAUGUGCACUGAAGAGACACAAGGUAGGCUAAGAAGGGAUGAGCAGCAUUCCAAGCACCUGCCUGUCCAGGUGGAUCUGGAYCCUGGACUUGAGUUUGUGUUGCUUUGAGUGGGGCUAUGGAUGCACCUUGGGCUUGGGAAGCGUACUGGGAGGUGUGGUUACUAACACUGUAACAGCAGCUGAAGUGUUUUAAUUUAUGUAAUGUAUUAAGUAAACAAUAAACAUUUUCAGAUUGACAGUUCAUUACCA